AUGACUACUAGUCGUCCACAAAAUUUCAAGCCUGGAUUGCUCAUUAUUGACAUGCAGAAUGAUUUCUGCCCUCCUGAUGGCUCUCUUGCUGUUACAGACGGGCGCUCCAUCAUACCAAUAAUUAAAAAGCUCGCAACUUUACCCGCAUUUGUGUCUAAGGUCGCAACGAAAGAUUUCCACCCACCCAACCACGUUUCUUUUGCCUCCAAUCACACGGCGCCUAACAACGUACCCUUCACUUCAUUCGCCACAAUCACAAAUCCCUACAACCCAAGCGAGUCAUACCAGACCCGUUUGUGGCCGGAUCACUGUGUACAAGGCACCGUAGGCUCAGAGCUCGUCGAGGGCAUGGACCCAGCAGCUAACAACAUAGACGCCAUAGCCGUGUGGAGAUUGUACUCCGCCUUCUACGACCCGUUCACGUCCCCAAGGAUCUGUGACAGUGGGUUAUCUGAUUUUCUGAAGAAGUCUGGAGUGAACUGGGUUUAUGUCGUGGGUUUGGCCCUCGAUUAUUGCGUCCGUGCUAGCGCUUUGGACGCUCGAAAGGAGGGCUUCGAAGUUGUUCUCGUUAGAGAUGGCACAAAAGCAGUUGACGGAUCUGAAGAGAACGUUCACAAAGUGGAAGAAGAACUCCGUCAAGCGGGUAUCAGGGUUGUCGAUAUGGCAUCCCCUGAAGUCCAAUGGCUAUCUACGAGCAGUUAA